AUGGCCAUUUCCAAGAUCCACUCUAGAUACGUUUACGACUCUCGUGGUAACCCAACCGUCGAAGUCGAAGUCACCACCCAACACGGUACCUUCAGAUCUAUCGUCCCUUCUGGUGCUUCCACCGGUGUGCACGAAGCCAACGAACUUCGUGACGGUGACAAGGCCAAGUGGCUAGGUAAGGGUGUGUUGACCGCUGUCAACAACGUCAACACUGUCAUUGCUCCAGCUUUGAUCAAGGCCAACGUCGACGUUAAGGACCAAAGUGCCGUCGACGAAUUGUUGUUGUCUCUAGACGGUACUGCCAACAAGAAGAAGCUUGGUGCUAACGCCAUCUUGGGUGUCUCCUUGGCUGUUGCCAAGGCCGCCGCUGCUGAAAAGAACGUGCCUUUGUACCAACACUUGGUCGACCUAUCCGGUGCCAAGUCCGAGCCAUUCGUUUUGCCAGUUCCUUUCUUGAACGUCUUGAACGGUGGUUCCCACGCUGGUGGUGCUUUGGCUUUGCAAGAAUUCAUGAUUGCCCCAACCGGUGCUGAAUCCUUCUCCGAGGCUUUGAGAAUCGGUUCCGAAGUCUACCACAACUUGAAGUCCUUGACCAAGAAGAAGUACGGUGCUUCUGCCGGUAACGUUGGUGACGAAGGUGGUGUUGCUCCAAACAUUCAGACCGCCGACGAAGCCUUGGACUUGAUUGUCGACGCCAUCAAGGCCGCCGGUUACGAAGGUAAGGUCAGCAUCGCCUUGGACGCUGCUUCCUCCGAAUUCUACAGAGACGGUAAGUACGACUUGGACUUCAAGAACCCAGAAUCUGACAAGUCCAAGUGGUUGACUGGUGUCCAAUUGGCCGACUUGUACGGUUCUUUGGUCAAGAAGUACCCAAUUGUUUCCAUCGAGGACCCAUUUGCUGAAGAUGACUGGGAAGCCUGGACUCACUACUACAAGACCGCCGGUGUCCAAAUUGUCGCUGACGACUUGACUGUCACCAACCCUCUCAGAAUCAAGACCGCCAUCGAGAAGAAGUGUGCCGACGCUUUGUUGCUAAAGGUCAACCAAAUUGGUUCUUUGACCGAAUCCAUCAAGGCUGCCAACGACUCUUUCGCUGCCGGCUGGGGUGUUAUGGUUUCCCACAGAUCUGGUGAAACCGAAGACACCUUCAUUGCCGACUUGGUUGUUGGUUUGAGAACUGGUCAAAUCAAGACUGGUGCCCCAGCCAGAUCCGAAAGACUGGCCAAGUUGAACCAACUUUUGAGAAUCGAAGAAGAAUUGGGUUCCAAGGCUGUUUACGCUGGUAAGAACUUCCACGCCGGUCACAACUUGUAA